UCGGCCCAGGCCUCCUACCUCUUCCAGCAGGAUAAGUUCUAUGACGUCAGCUAUGACACGGGAGACAAGUCCAUACAGUGUAGCCGCAAGCCCGACGCCUUCAAGUUCUGGCUGAUGUGGAAAGCCAUCGGUACCAAGGGUCUGGAAGAGAGAGUGGACCGAGCCCUCGCUAUGGCCAGAUAUCUGGCAGAGGAGAUCAAGAAGAGAGAUGGAUUCCGUCUUGUGAUGGAGCCGGAGUACACCAACGUCUGUUUCUGGUACAUUCCUCCCAGUCUGAGGGACAUGACUGAUGGACCUGAGUUCUGGAAAAAGGUCCAUGCGGUGGCGCCAGUGGUUAAGGAGCGCAUGAUGAAGAAGGGCUCUAUGAUGGUAGGCUACCAGCCCCAUGGAGACAAGGCUAACUUCUUCAGACAGAUCAUCAUUAGCCCUCAGGUCAGCAGACAAGACAUGGACUUCCUGCUGGACCAAAUACACAGCCUGGGGAUGGACUUAUGAUCCCACGGAGAAUACCAUUUUGAACAAAACCCAUGGGUCAUGAAACAGGAGAUCAUGUUUUGAAACUGAGUGAAACGGAAGAGGUGGUACCCCAAACGUUCUAUAAGAAGUUUCCAAACAUCCUUUAAGAAGUUUCCAAACGUCCUAUAAGAAGUUUCCAAACGUCCUAUAAGAAGUUUCAAAACGUCCUAUAAGAAGUUUCCAAACGUCCUAUAAGAAGUUUCCAAACGUCCUAUAAGAAGUUUCCAAAAACAUCCUUUAAGAAGUUUCCAAACGUCCUAUAAGAAGUUUCCAAACGUCCUAUAAGAAGUUUCCAAAAACAUCCUUUAAGAAGUUUCCAAACGUCCUAUAAGAAGUUUCCAAACGUCCUAUAAGAAGUUUCCAAACGUCCUAUUAGAAGUUUCAAAACGUCCUAUAAGAAGUUUCCAAACGUCCUAUAAGAAGUUUCCAAAAACAUCCUAUAAGAAGUUUCCAAACGUCCUAUAAGAAGUUUCCAAACAUCCUUUAAGAAGUUUGUGAACCUGUUCUCUUAUUUGGUGCCCCAGGGUUGUUCCGAAGUCUCAGCGUAUCAUCCUUCCAUUGCCCGUCUCCAUAAAGUGCUCCAACAACUUCCUGUUCCUUCUGCUCACUAUCGAUUCCAUUAGUAAUUCUGAGGACAGGCAGUGUGUCAGUCCACGAGACAGUAGACACAGUAGCUUGUUGACGGUUUGAGGGCUCAACCUCUUUAUUGAAACCAAUUUCAGAUCAAUAAAAAACUCAAAGUCAUUAUCCUUUAUGUUGAUGUGCUUUUUCAGGGUAAUGUGUAAUACUGUUAUAAUAUAACUGCUAGUUAGGUAACAAGGCGUGCAACUUUUAGUAAAAGUUGAAAUGUUUGAAGAGAUUUUAGGAGAUACUAUUUUAAGCGAUACCGAUUGAUUGUAAGAGAUUUAUAUAAUAUUAAAAUAUGUAUAUUACUUGAUGAGAUUAAUAUAUGAUCUUUAGAGAAUAGUGAUGAUGUCAGGAAAGAGCUUUAAAUGUAUUUUAGUUCUUUAGUUCUGGAUUUUCUCUUUUGAAGAAUUUUCUUCCACACGCAUUAACUAACUUGAUUUUAAAAUAAUUUAAAAAAAUAAUAUGUAGCACACCUAGUGCUUGGAUACUGUGAGUCCACCUACAUGAAUCAGACAGAUCUUAAAAUGGCUUCCGUUGUUCUGUUUUAUAAACGUUUUUUUCUUCAGCAACACGUUACUUAAAGCCAACAGAUGAAAUGCUUUCUUACUUGUUUUAAACGGACUCAAAAUGCCUGUUGUUGAGUCAUUACUACGAGACGAUAAUAAGACGAUUUAAGUGGUCAAACCAGUCUUAAUGCAUUACAGCUGCUUUAUAAUGCGUCAUACCAGCUUUAUAAUGCAUCAUACCAGCUUUAUAAUGCAUCAUCCCAGCUUUAUAAUGCAUCAUACCAGCUUUAUAAUGCAUCAUACCAGCUUUAUAAUGCAUCAUACCAGCUUUAUAAUGCAUUAUACCAGCUUUAUAAUGCAUCAUACCAGCUUUAUAAUGCAUCAUACCAGCUUUAUAAUGCAUCAUACCAGCUUUAUAAUGCAUCAUACCAACUUUAUAAUGCAUUAUACCAGCUUUAUAAUGCAUCAUACCAGCUUUAUAAUGCAUCAUACCAGCUUUAUAAUGCAUUAUACCAGCUUUAUAAUGCAUCAUACCAGCUUUAUAAUGCAUUAUACCAGCUUUAUAAUGCAUCAUACCAGCUUUAUAAUGCAUUAUACCAGCUUUAUAAUGCAUCAUACCAGCUUUAUAAUGCAUUAUACCAGCUUUAUAAUGCAUCAUACCAACUUUAUAAUGCAUCAUACCAGCUUUAUAAUGCAUCAUACCAGCUUUAUAAUGCAUCAUACCAACUUUAUAAUGCAUCAUACCAGCUUUUUAAUGCAUCAUACCAGCUUUAUAAUGCGUCAUACCAGCUUUAUAAUGCAUCAUACCAGCUUUAUAAUGCAUCAUACCAGCUUUAUAAUGCAUCAUACCAGCUUUAUAAUGCAUUAUACCAGUUGGCUUAAAAGGAAGGUGUUUUGUUUUGUAGCCUGCCAUCAAAGAGAAUGGUGUUUACUUUAAACAUGUAUGGAGUUCUGUGUACAAUACUAGGAUACAUUCUGUAGUAUACAUCAUAUCGUAUUCUUGCAAGACAUUCUGUUUUCCCGUGUUGUUUUGUUCCAAUAGCAUUUUGUUCAGAUAUGUUGUCUGAAAAAAGCCUGUAUGUGGUUUGUUUUUUUGUCGAUGGUUCAGCACCAAUGAGGUUUCACUGAGAAUUAUUUAUUUUCUUUGUCAGUGAAAAUAAAACCAUUUGUUUACUGAA